AUGGACAAGAUAGUUCCUUAUACUGAUCGCCCAAGCUUCGCCGGCUUCGCCACCCAAAACGACCACAACCUCCGCGCAACCCAGAUCGACCAUCUCUCCGCCAAAGCCCCACUGGAUCCCUCCCUCCGCGCCCUCAUCCCCGACGACGUCGACUUGCCUCCCUCCUCCACGUCCGUUGCCCCAUCCGCAGACCCCCUCCCCCCAGGCCAUGUCGCAUUCACAUCCUACCCCUUUGUCGAGUUUCGGGGCGUGGGUAUCCUCCCGCGCGAGGACCUCGCCUUUCUAGCGUCGAAGGCAUGUCUGAGCGUGCCGGAUAAGACGGUCAUCGAUGACUUUGUCCGCCAGUAUUUUCUCCACAUUCACCCGUCUAUGCCGGUGCUAGAUGAAGCGGCGUUCUGGGAUAUGUAUCUUCAUCCAGGGGAGGAUGUCGACGGGCGCGUGUCAUUGUUUGUUUUCCAGGCACUCCUGUUUGUCAGCUGUGCGCACGUCCCCCUGGAGACUCUUCAGCAGUGCGGUUUCAAAGAUAAGCGCGAUGCCCGGAACAGCUUCUACCGGCGCACUAAGUAUCUAUUUGACCUGAGCGGCGAAGACCGCCCCUACGCCAAAUCCCAAGGUUGCAUCAUCCUAUCCCACCAUACCUCAGGCGAGGAACCCCAAGCCGCCAGUCUAUGGCUCACACGCGCCAUCCAGAACGCCAUGACCAUCGGGUGCAAGCCCGGCCCCAGCGAAGACGUCGAGGACUCACUGAAGAAGCGCCUCUGGUGGUCCAUUAUCUUGCGCGACCGCAGUCUGUGUCUGGGACUGCGCCGCCGCGGCCAGGUGACCUCCCUGGAAUUUGGCAUGGCGGCCGAACCGCUCGACGAGGAGGACUUUGCCGAUGAGAUUCGUCGCUCCCAGGUCUAUGAACCGGAUACCAAGCGCAUGCUUGUCAAAGUCCUGCAGGAGCAGUGUCGUCUGUCUGUGCUGCUUACUGAGAUGGUCUCCUUCGUGUUUGCCUCCCACGGUCUGGCGGCCCCUGUCAUGGGCUUCGAGCAGUUCCAUCAUGAGCUUGCGCGUAUCGCUCGUAUUCAAAGACUGUUGGCACAGUGGGAGGCCUGCUCCCAGCUGCAGGGACUACUCACCGGGGUACCGGACCCGGUAACGCAGAUGACCAACUUUGCCUAUAUGUUUUACCACACUGCGCGCAUCGACCUCGCCCACUACGAGACCCUUCUCAUCGAAAACCACCUCCUGCUAGCAGGGACGAACUACAUCCAUCAUCUCUGGCAAAUCGGCGCUACGCUCUACGACGCCAUGAAUCAGUUGACGGCCGUGAUGGAGUAUUUUAGCCGGGAAGGGCGUGCCCAGAACCUGCCUCUCAGCGUUCUCGCCUACGUCGCCAUGCCCCUCGUCCUCACAGCAAUUGAUCUCAAACUCUCCCCCACCUCCUCCGAACUCGACACCCGUCGUCGUCGUCUCGACGCCCUCGGGGCCAUCAUCCGCCACUCCGGCCGUGUCUACGACGUCACUGACAUGGUCAGCGCCGGAACUAAUCACAUCCUUCAGCUCGCCUACAUGACCUCCCAGCACCUGUUCCUCCGCUGGGACGACGAACCGCCCACCCCGCGCGUCCGCAGCGGCCAGUCCAACAGAGGAGCCACGCAUCUGGUCGAGAAGGACGCCCUUCCCACGCCGCCCCCAUUCCCCAGCGCCCGCCGCGCCGCCUCCUGGCACGAGGCCUUCCUGCGCCAUCCUCGCGCCUACCUCCUCAUCUCUACCUCCGUCGACUACAGCCUAUCCGUCGGGCGUCUGCCCUACGACUCUGCCCUUCCAGAGCUAGUCCGAUGCAUCCCACCAAUUGGAAUUGGAAUCCGUCUGCCUUGGACGAUGCCCAGCCCGUCUACACCCAUCUCCCCCCGCAGAGCCAAGCAGAAGAGACAGUUGGCGUUGAGAGAGCGAAUUCACAGUAUUUCUUCGUCUGCGUCGUCUAUCCCUGUAGACGGAUACAGGCAAAUGGAGACAGAUAACAGUCCGGUCGGAACGGAUACCCUCCGCACCAUAUCCGAUGAGGCUGAGGACGCGCCCAGCCGGCUGAUCCUGGGCUUGAGUCAGCAGCAGCAGGGAAAUGACGACACCGUCAAUCUCGACUAUCUAUACCUCGACAAUAUGUGUGACCCUACCUCACUCGAUCACGGAUUAGAGUGUGAUGAAACCCAUUUUGGGGGGAGCGCACAGCCCAUGCACCAGCAGCAGCAACAACAACAACACCAGGAGCCGAAUUACUCACCCAAUGAGCAAAGUCAGUGUGACCAGACUGUAGCGGGUUUCGAUCCGCUAAUCAGUUCUAUUGUACAAGAGUUCUUUGGUGAGCAGGGUGGCCCGGGGAUGGCGAUUGGGUAACUUAGCUGUAUGCAGAUAUAGUAUGCGUAUGUGAAUGCGACUGAAGGUUCGAAACAGC